AUGCAUCUGACCGACGACGCCCAGAGCUGCUUUGCAGCCGUCAAAAGCUUCUUCUCCAAGAAGACCACCAUUCCACACCCACAGGACGACCCGUUCUACUUCACCUGCUCCCCUGAAUUUGCCACCCUCUCCGCCGGCACCAUCCUGCGCUCGCGCGAGGUGGAAAUCAUCUACUUCCCUGGCUUUGACCAUCUCUCCGCCUGGCAAGUUGCCUACAAGACAACUGCCCAGGAUGGCACCGCCCCGCUCGUUUCCGUCGCUACGAUCCUGCGACCGUCCAACGCGGCCCCGGAUGCCGAUGGUCGCUAUCGCAUCGUCGCCUAUGGCGCCAAGUGCGAUUCGGCGGGUCAAAACUUCCGUACGAGCUACGCGCUUCGUGCGGGCAACGACGACACCCUGGGUGCGGCGAGCGAGCAAAUCUUCCUCGGCCCACUGCUGGAUCGUGGCUGGAUCGUCAUCGUUCCGGAUUACGAGAGCGAGACGUGCGCCUUCGGCGCCGGAAACCAGUCCGGAUACGCGUUUCUGGACGCCAUCAGGGCAGGAUUGAGCUUUGCACCCAUGGGAGUGCCCAAGGACGACACGGGGGUGUUCAGGGCGAAAGUCAACAUGUGGGGGUACUCCGGUGGUGCUCUGGCGGUUGGCUGGGCUGCACAGCUGCAGAGUGAAUACGCGCCUGAUCUGACGAGGUAUGUGGUAGGCGCGAGCAUGGGCGGUCUACCCAGCAACCUCGGGGCGAUCGCCAAGUGGACCAAUAAGGGCGUUGCUGCAGGCCUCAUCGUGGGCGUCAUGCAGGGUCUCGCGAAUGCCUACCCAACACUUCAGGCGUGGCUCAACGAGCAUGCUAAUGCGACAGGUAAAGCCGCCCUCGCCAUGGCCUCAGUCAAAAGCUUUGGAGUGAUCAUGCAGAGCAACUUCGAAAAGGAUGUGCUCGGCACGUACUUCGACACUACCGACCUCCUAGCUGAAUCGCUACCCGCCGACAUUGUCGCGCAGAACACAUUGGCAGCGGGCGAACAGUGGCCGAGGACGCCAUGCCAGAUCUACCAGUCGCUGCACGACGAGGUGGUGCCACACGAGACCACCGACACGCUCGUCGCCGCGUGGAGCAAGCACGGCGCCUGCAUCGAUUAUACCAAGGACGAGCUGUCGGCUCAUGUCGUGCUGUGCUUUACCGGCUGCGCAAUGGCGGUGAGGUGGAUGCAGGAUCGGUUCGAUGGGAAGAAGACGGUUGCUGAACCGGGAAAGCCGAACGAAGAGACGGUGCUGACGAGUCUGGACACGAGCGAUGCGACGGAGACGCUCGGCAAGGAGCGGCAGGCCGAGAUGCAGGAUGUCCUCCAGAAGCAGUAUGUCGAGCCAGGUCGGAUCUGGUGGACGUGA